UGCGGGACAUUUGGAUGGCGUGUGUUUAUUGUCAAUGCAGCCCGUAGGAACGAGUGACAGACGUGCGUUUUGGAAUGACUGCUAAUUGACGAUGUCGAAUGUGGAACGUUGGAGUGAUUUAUUUGAAUGAUUGGCAUGCUUUGUAUGUUAUAAGUUUAUCAUACCGUACGGCCAGCGUUGUGUAGGUGAUCAGUAUUUUUAUGAGCAAUAAUUUUACGGCCGUAGUCAUGUCGGAUAAAAUUCAAGUAGCGAUAAAAGUGCGGCCUCUCGUCACAAGAGAAAAGGACAUUGGAGAAUUUUGGCGUGUCAAUGGAAAUGAACUGUAUCUCCUAAAUAAUGAUAAACAACCAAGUGGUGAAAUAUUUGCAUAUGAUCAUGUUUUCGCAAACAACAGUACUAACAUGGAGGUAUUUGAAAAGGUUGUGAAACCACUUGUGAAUAGAGCUGUGAGGGGAUUCAAUGCCACAAUUUUUGCAUAUGGUCAAACAUCAUCAGGUAAAACGCAUACAAUGUUGGGAGAUCAGAAUGAAGCAGGAAUCACUCAAUUAGCUGUGUCUUCAAUGUUUGAUUUCAUGAAAAAGUCUGAAGGACGAGAGUUUCUUGUACGUGCAUCAUAUAUGGAAAUUUAUAAUGAAAAAGUGAACGAUCUUCUGGAACAACAGAAUAAUAAUUUGAAGAUUAGAGAAGAAGAAGGUAAAAUUGUUGUACAGCGUUUAAAAGAAGAGCUAGUAGCGGAUACAGCAAAGGUAAUGUCUCUCCUCAAGAGAGGCCAGAAAAUACGUAGAAUUGGUGAAACCAAUCUGAAUGAAAGAAGUUCACGUUCCCAUACUAUUUUUCGCCUGGUAAGUAACAAACUCAACUUGGUAGACCUGGCAGGUUCUGAACGUGCUGGUUUAGCUGGCACCACAGGGGAGCGUUUGAAAGAAGGAUGCGCUAUCAAUCGAUCACUUUUCCAGUUGAGUCAGGUUGUGGCCCAGUUGAGUGAAGGAAGUCAGUUUGUGAACUUCCGAGAUUCGAAACUCACAAGAAUCCUGCAAUGUUCGUUGGGUGGAAAUGCACACACCCUGAUCAUAUGUACAGUGACUCCUGCAUCUGUGGAUUUUACCCUUAGUACUCUUGGAUUUGCUUCACGUGCGAAGGCAGUUAAAAACAAGCCUCAGGUGAAUGAAGUAAUGUCUGAUGGUACUUUGAUCAAGAAGUAUGCACGGCAGUUAGAAAAACUCCAGGCAGAACUCAAGCCACGCUUUAACAGGCGGAGAACAUGGGGUGGGGGUCAAUUGACUCCUUUGGAUUUGCUCAAAGGAAAUCUUGUAACCAUCGCGGAAGAAGACACAAGCUUGGUAUUGACUAAUGACGAUUUCAACACCCCCUAUGAAGACUUUGAAGUGCAGCUAAUUGAAGAUGAGAGAGAAAAAGGCAUUGAAAUGGAUAUUCUCCCGAAUUCUGAAUCCCCAAUUAAUUUGGGAAAUAGUAGUUUUGGUAGCAGUAUUCCGAGUACUAGAGCAUCUAGAAACUUUUCCCUAUCUACUUAUGAAGAAUGUAAGGAAAUUCAAACAUCAGCUUCGAUAAUGUGCACGCCAGUCAGGCACCACAUGGCUACAAACACCACACCUCCAUCAGCUAAUUCGUUGUAUUGGACAAAGGAAAAUAAGGAACAUCGCAGUUUUAUAGGUCAUGAAAAUGAUUUAAUCUUCGGACUUGAAAACCAGGUAGAACAAGCCAAAACAAAUGUUUUUGCUCUUGUUACUAUGCUUGAGUUGAAAGAGAAGGAACUGGAAGUGUUACAAAAAUCUUUGAGUGAGAAGGAAGAAAUUCUUAAAAACACUCUCUCUUUUCAAGAAAGUUUGACAAUGAAGCUGGUUGAAUAUGAGCAAGCUCUGGAGAAAACUCAUAAAGUAAGUCUUCUCUUGUACACUUACAAACACUUGGAUAGCAAUAUUUUAGAAGAGGAGAAUUGCCAGCUUCGUGCAGCUUUAGAGAAACUUAAACAGGAGCAGGUGGAAUGUAAUGAAAAAUGUGUAAGUUUUCAAAAAUCUAUGGCUGAAUUAGAAUUGCAAGUGGAACAACUCAAGAUACACAAUGAUGAACUGAAAGCUCAAUUUGAUUCUGUUUAUCAAGAAAAAUAUAGUAUUCUGGAAAGUUAUGCAAACAUCAAAGUUGAGUUAGCAGGAAAAAAUCAUGCUUUAUCAAAGGAAGACAAGAAAACUACUCUGGAAAAUGGUAUUGAUAUUGAGAAUGAACCAAAAGAAAAAGAACUGCUUUUAGAGGAAGGAUGCUCUAACAAAUGUACAGAUAUGAAAUCGGUCUCUAAUGAUCAUGUUCAAACAGACCCUGAAUUAAUGGAUCCUAUCCUAACCAACUUAGAAAGGUAUGGCCAAGUAAAAUCCCAAAAUUCUUCUCAGGAGGAGAUACAGAUGAAAUAUUUCCAGGAAAAGUGUAGAGAACAAGAAGAGACAUUAUUUGUUUUUAAAGAAAAACUAAAGAUAGUGGAAAAUCAAUUAAAUGAAGUAAACUUACAGAAUGGUGAAUUGAAGCAACAGAUCAAUAAUGGGGCAAAGGAGAAGGAUGAAAAUGUAGUGAAUUUGGAGAGAACAUUAAGCGAUAAAUGUGCUUUGGAAGAAAAACUUGGAGAACAGGCCAAAAUUAUAAAUGAUAUCAUGGAGGCCAACAAUAUCCUUGAAUUGCAUAUUAAUGCUAAUGGAAAAGAUUCAGAAUUGGAACAUAUGCAGAAAGUAUGUGGGGAACUGGGACAACAAAUAUUUGCUUUUAAAGAAAAAGUAAAGGUUUUGGAAGAUAAAAUAGAACAAAUGUCUUCACAUAAUAGAGAAUUGGUGCAACAGAUUGCUAGUGUGGAAAAGGAAAAGUUUGAGUUUAAAAUGAAAAUGGAGAGGACAAUAGAAGAAAAAUAUGCUUUGGAAAAAAAACUUGAACAGGCUGAAGUUACAAAUAACAUCAAGGAAGCAAAUGGUGCUCUUGAACACAAUGUUCAGACAAAUAAAAAAGAAUCAGAACAUACCCAGAAAAUAUGUGGGGACCAAGGAGAGUUAAUAACUGCUUUUACAGAAAAAGUAAAGAUUUUGGAGAGAACUAAGGAGGAAAAAUAUGCUUUGGAAGAAAAACUUGAAGAACAGACAGGAAUUAUUAAAGAAAUUGAGGAAGCCAAAAGAGCUCUUGAACAAAAUUUUCAUGUAGUUGAGACUGAACUGAAAGAAAAGAAUAAAUUACUUUUAGAUAUGGAGACACGCAUGUGCAGUACUCUUAGUAGAAAUGCAUAUUGUGAUGAGUAUGUCCAAACAGAUGUUGAAGAAAUAGAACAUGAAAAUGUGAUGGAAAAGGUCCUGUUGUCAGGAUGUCAAAAUAAAAGUGAAAAAGAAUAUGAAAUGGAGCCUAUUAACAAACAAGAUGAUCAAGAAGGAAAGUUGUCCACUUUAAUGGAAAAGGUUAAUAUUUUGGAAAGACAAAUACUACAAGAUUCUUUACAGAUAGAGGAAUUGCAUCAGCAGAUUGAGAAAUUGGAAAAGGAAAGAGCAGAAAACUGUCUUGCUCUUGAGAAUGUGUUAGCAGAUAAAUGUGCAUUUCAAACGCAAGUUCAGGAACAGUGUGAGAUCAUACAAGAAAUUGAGAAAUCAAAACUUGCUCUUGAAAUGUGUGUUAGUAACAUUGAGUCUGAGAAGAAGCAAUUGCUUUUAGAGAUUCUGCAACUCAGAAAUUCAAAUUCAGAUGAGUGUGUACAAAUGAAUUUGUUAGUAACAAGUCCCCACAAUGAUAACAUAAGAGAGUCCUUAGUACUAGAUACUCAUAAUACAAAUAAGACAGAAUUACUGCUAGAAAAUUGUCAAGACAAAUGUGGAAAGGAAGAGAAAUUGUUUGCUUUUACAGAGCAAGUAAGGAUUUUGGAAGAAAAAUCUAGGCAAUCCUCUGAGCUAAUAGAGAAAUUGCAAUCCCAAAUUGAAAUGACAGAAAAUGAAAGGGUUAAGAAUUCCAUGAACCUUGAGAAAGUUUUAUUGGAUAAAUGCUCAUUGGAAGAAAGAAUAGAAGAACAGGGUCUAAUAAUUAAAGAAAAAGAAAAAAAUAAUUUUAUUCUCCAGAAUCAUAUAGGGGACUUGGAAACAGAGUUGAAAGAAAAGAAAGAGCUUUUAUUAGUGUUUCAAGAAGAGAAAUAUGACUUGGAAAACCAGUUAUGCUCCAUAAAAGAUAAGAUUUCUUCAAGUUGUGUAGUUUCGGAACGAGCCAAGGAACUGGAAACUAAACUGAAUGAGGAAUCUGAGUGUAAGAGAGAAAAAGAACUGGAAUUGGCUCAUUUACAAGAGAAACUGAUUGAUCAGGGUAAACAAUUGUCUAAUUUUGCUGCAAAUGAAAAAGUUUUGGAAGAUCAGUUACAAGUAGUUGUGUCACAGAAAGAGGAAAUGCAGCACAAAAUUGAGUUAUUAGAAAAAAAUAUUUUACAGUGCAAUUUGAAUUUCCAGAAUAUUCUAGAAGAUAAAAUUGCAUUGGUUGAAAAAGUAGAAGAAUUGAAGAAGAUAAUAAAGGAUACCGAGGAAUCCAAAAGCACCAUGAUGAUAUGCAUAAAUAACUUGGAAAGUGAACUGAUGGAAAAAAAGAAUCUUCUUUUAGAGCUACAAGAACACAAAAAUGAAAUAGAAAAACAUCGUGAAAAUUUAGAGGAAACUGUAAAGAUGAAAAUUGAAACUCUUGAAUCCAUUAAAACAGAACUGGAAAAUAAUUUGAAGAUGGAAUUGGAAUAUAGAAUAAGACAAGAUAAAUGCAUAUCUCAAUAUGAGAAUGAAUUAAUUGAACUGAAACAUAAGUUAUCUGCCUCUGACGAAAAUUUGAAGGUUUUGGAAGAUGAGUUGCAGAAAGAAGUUUUAAUUAAUAAGGAUAUGAAAUCCCAAAUUAAUGAAUUAGAAAAGUGCAAGGUGGAAUGUGAAAUUAAAUUAAAGAGGACAGUAGAAGAGAAGCAGAUUUUAGAAAAAAGAAUCGGUGAACAAAUAAGUGAUUUCGAGGAGUCCAAAACUUCUUUUCAGCAGUGUGUAAACAACCUUGAAAAAGAAUUGAAUGCCAAAAAAGUAAUAAUUUUGGGCAUGGAAAAGCAAAAUUCUGAACUUCAAGAUAGGCACGCAAUAUUAGAAACCCAAAUUGAGAAUGUAGAAAAAGAAAAAUUGGAAUUGGAGGAUAAACUAAAAGAAAUAUCUAACACGAAAAGUGAGGUGGAGAGGGAAUUAGCAUUUACGCAAAAGAAACUGUUGGAAAAAGAGAGUUUGUUCAAUGAUUUGUUACAGGAAGGAAAAGAUUUGGAAGAACAAUUUAAAAAAGAAAAGGAAUUGAAAAAAGAAAUGCAGAAACAACUUACUGCAUUAAUGGAAAGUAAAUCGAAUUGUGAGGAGCAACUUAAUAUAGAGAUUGAGCAACGAGAAAAUAUUACUUCAAAAUUAAAUGAAGUUACUUGUAGAUGCACACAACAGGAAAUAACUAUAAAAGAACUUGAAAAUAAUAAAGCAUCAAUUGAAGACCAACUACAAGUUUUGGAAAAUUAUCGGUCAAUGGAAGAAGUUGUGAAAAUUUUGAAAAUCCAGCAUAAUGAAGAAGUAAUUUGUAGAGAGAAUAUGAAGAAGGAGUUAAUGAGCAAGGAGGAAGAAUUGGUACAAUGCAAGAGGCAAAUUCAGGAACUAAACAAUUUAAUAGAUUCUUUAGAAUUUGAUAAUCGUGUCCGUGACACACAGUACAAUUCUCAGCUUCAGAAUUUAGAAGAGGAGAGAAUGAAGCUUGUGGAAACCUCAAAAGCACAGUCUAAGCUUGAAUCUAAACUAAAAGAUGAAGUACAAUGCCUUCAAGAACAAUUGUCUAAACAAGAAGAACAAUUGAAGAAGGUUAAAGAGCAACUUCAAAUUUCAAUUAAUGUAACCAUAAAGGAUAAUGUCAUUAAGCAAGAAUUGCUAUCUCAGAUUCAGUCUUUAGAGGAUGAGAAAAAGGAAUAUGAAUUGAGACUUAAAAAAGUAACUGAUGAGAGAAAGCAGUUGCAAUUUAGACUUAGUGAUCUUGAUAAACGCGCUGCUCAACAAGAUGAAAGAGCAAAAGAAUGUGAAGAAGCCCAAGUAGAUUUGGCAGAAAUGUUGCAAUUCAGGGAAAGUAAAAUAUCCUGGGAUGGUAAUAAAUAUGUAAAGGAAAUAGAGUUGAAAGAGAUCAGUGAUUCAAGAAAAUCGCCGCCAAUGCAGUCGAAGUACACCAGACAUAAUUUCCCCCUUCACAAUAAUAAAAAACAGCUUAUUGAUGAAAUUGAAGCCAAAACCGACCUGGAAAACAAGUUGUUGAUAAUGCAGAAUGAAUUGACUGCUGCUAAGAAUUCAGAGCAAGAGUUACAUCAAGAAAAGGAAAAGAUUAAUAAAGAAAAUAUUUUUCUUAGAGAGUGUGUUAAAGAUUUAGAUACAAAAUUUGAAAAUCAAUGCAUAGAAAAUAUCUCUCUUCGAUCAACUCUCAAGACUCUGUUCCGGAUUUUUCGUGGUGUAGUCCGAGAACAAGAAAGUCCUGUCGAGAAGCUCAACAGUAUCAUAUGUCAUCUACGUACACAUGGUAUUUCAGUACCUUCAGAAUCUACUUUUGAGAAAGAAAAACUGGAAUCAAAAAUUGCAGAGUUGGAAAAAACCGUAGAGUCCUUACAUGAAACUCUAAGAAGAGAAGGCUAUCAUUACAGUUCACCUCACUGGAUUCGGAUGGGUGAGUGGGCAAUUUCGAAUAGAAAGAUGAAACAACUAGAAAAAAAGAAUCAAGAAUUGCAGGAGGAAGUGGAGAAGUUGAAAAGCAACAAAGGAAGUCCUGCUUCAGAUCAGGGUUUGCUGGAUGAUACUCUGUUUGGAAAAUGUUUGAAGUCUCCAAAGUCCCCAGUGUGCAUGAAGUGUGAAGAAUUGAAAAAACAAGUUGCCCUUCUUAAGGAAGAAUCUGCAAUGAAGAGUAUGCGAAUUACUAGUUUGACUUAUGAUUUGAAAUGUGGCAAUUUAGAAUUCUUCAAAAACAAAGCUGAAGACUUGGAUCAAAAAUCGAAUAACAAGAGACUUCGGCAUGACCUUGAAGCUUUUGAAGCAGAGGCAAAGAGAAGAGCCAUGAAAAGGAAUCAAGAGUCUCAGACUGAGCCAUCUAGUGUUCCUUGGGAUAGACUACGUGCUCAAGGGACAGGAAGCAAAAUAGCAGAAGAUCAUGUUAUUGAUAAGCUAAAUGAGACUAUUAAACGGCUCACUAGUGAUAAAGAACAGCUAAAGAAAGUAGCACGUGAACUAAAGAGACGAAAUCAAGAAUUGGAAGUUGAAAAACAGAGUACAUCAACAACUGUACGAGUUUCUCGCCGAGCUUCAUCACCAGUUGCUGUUACUCCCAGAAGAGGAGCUGCUUUGCAGAGAUUAGUGAGAGAUGCAAACGAGAUAAUAGCAGUACAGCGACAAUCUCUACAUUGUACUCACAACCAACGCAAUAAAGAAAAUCCUUGCCCCCAACCAGAACGGAAAUAAAAUAAUACUGGUGCAUAUUCUGUGUACAGCAGGUGCGAGGUAUUAAAAGUCCUGAAACUGGUGCAAUGCUGUUGCUUCCAACCAUCAAUAGAAGUUCGAUACGUGAAUAGAUCGGGAUGUAUUGUUAUAUCAUUUCAUUAUUGAAUAUUUAUAGAUUUGAAUUAGUGUAGAUAAAUUCAAAUUUUGUAAAUGAUGUACAUAAUUGUAAAUAUUUUUUAUAAAUGUGCAAAUAAACAGCCUUUAUAUAAGCGUAUUUUGUCUGAAUAUGUACUAAAUGGCAACAUGAAUUUAAAAUGUAUAUACCAGGGAUUUCCAACAGGGUCGAUGAUUCCCACCCUCCCGAUCGAUGACCUGUUAAAGCGGUCGAUAUAAAAAAUGCACCGCCGACAGGUACAGUAAAAACUGUCUAAACCGGAACCUGUACAAACCAGAAACCUGCCUUAACCGGAAGAUGUAUCUG